AUGUUCGGCAACAUCGAACGGCUGUGGGCCAUCAGCUCCGAGCUGCUCGCCGCACUCGAGGAGCGCCUGCACUCGUGGGGUCCACACCAGCAGCUCGGCGAUGUCUUCCUUCGUCUGGUCUACGACGAGUACUACCACAACUACGACCGGGCCGUGGAGACGGUCGACAUGCUGGAGCGCCAGGACGCCGGCUUCAAGCAGUUCCUACUCUACCAAGUGCAGGUCGGCGGCUUCGGCUGCGAGGCACUCACCCUCGGCUCGAGGCUGAUUCUGCCCAUCCAGCGGCUGCCGCGGUACCUGAUGCUUCUGGGGGCGCUGGCGGCCAAGACGCCCGCGGGCCAUCCCGACCAGGGCCUGCUGCGGGAGGCCCUGGAGCAGCUCCAGGAGACCGCCACUCGGAUCGACGACCAGCUCAAGCGCAUGGAGAACCGCAACCGUAUCUACCACAUCCAGAGCCAGCUCUUCUCCUGCCCCGUACUCUUCCUCUCUACACCCACAACUGGCAUGGUUAAUGUGGCGCUGACGUCAUCUUUUGUGUUUGCGUUUGCGUUUGUGCUGGCCACGCCGGACCGUGUGUUGCUGAGGGAGGGGGUGGUGCUCAAGCUGUCCUCGUCAUUCGCGGUGAACUGCACCAUCUUCCUCUUCUCCGAUAAGGAGAAGAUGUUGAAGGGACGUAUGCCGAAGCGGUGGCCCAUGAUGAGCCGCGAGGACUCUUCGGUGCUCGAGCUCUCCAUCUACUCGGAGGCCUCUUCCUCCUCGGGCGACGAAGACGACGAUGAUGACCUCGCUUCCGAGUGGAGCGAAUGGGAGGACCCCCUGUGGGUCAAAGACGACAACCUGCGGCGACCGGCUGCUCGAGGCGACGCCACCAAGGUGAAGGCGCUCAAGGUGCGAAGCCCGAGCUCCUCGGGCCUGCGCCGAUCUUCGACCAUGGGCGGCGGCUCAGGCUCGGCCCAGCUCAUCGUCCGCAAGCUGUCAGCCCUCUCCAUCGCCCAGGUGGUGGUACCUGCCGCCUCACCCACCUCCGCCACCACACCGACGACACCGACGACCAAGAGCGACAAAUCGAGCCGUUCGAUCUCGCUGUCGAAAUCGCUGUCGUUCGAGGGUCAGGAGAGCGGGGCCGGCUCGCCUCUCUCCACGCCCUCCACUUCGUCUGCGUCGACGCCCAUCUCUUCCCGGUCGUGGCCGGCCGCUUCGUUGUCGGCGUCGCACCUGCGGGUACCCAGGAAGGUGACCGAGCUCGUGGCCCAGGACGAGGCCGACGACGCCUGGAGCCUCGACGGACGCAGCAGCGGCGGCAGCCUCGCCUCCGACGUCGACACCAUUCACGAGGAGGAGGACCAGGACAACCACCAGGAAUCGGUUGCCUGGCAAUACCAGUCCAAGGGCGUCCACCACGACGACGAUGAUGACAACGGCGGCGACGACGGCGUAGACGACGGAUCGGUCGAGGAAGAGGUGGAGGCCGAGCUUUCGAGCGACGAAGGCGGAACCGAUGACGACGACGACGACAACGAUCAGAAAGCAGGCGACGACGACGACGACGUGGUGGAGGAGAAGGGCAUCGAGUACCUCCUCAAGAAGUACUUCCCCGAAACGCUGGCCGCCAUCGAGCAGGAGGCGCCACCCGAACCGAAUAAGGAGAAGAAGAAGAAGAAGAAGAAGAAGAGCAGCCACAAGAGGAAAGAGAAGAAGGAAAAGAAGGAGAAGAGGACCAAGUCGGAGCGGACGUUGGGCUGUGGCCGCGGCGAGGCGCAGAUCAAGCGAAUCAAGGACGUCAACGACGACGAAGUGGCGCCCCCGAGCGCGGCGAGCCGGCUGGUGUUCAGCGUGGACGGGGUGAUGCUGGAGCGGCGCGACAAGGCCCGGGAGAAGUACCAGAGCCUCUUCAUCCCGUCCCUCGACCUCCGGGGCUCCGCCGACGCCGACGCCGACGCUGACAACUCCGACACUGUCAACUCCGACGCCGAUGUCGACGUCGACGGCGAGCGCAAGCCGAGCUCGGCCGGCGAAGGGAGGCGAAGGGUGCGGCACAGGAGCGAGCGCGAGCGACGCAUGCCGCAGUCGGCGCGGGAGGGCUUCGGCCGCAAGAGCGCGCGCGAGCUGGGGAUGAUCUUCCGCUGCCGCAGCCGCGAGGACGUCAACGAUGACGAACGAAACGUGGUCGAUGCCGACGCAGCGGUGGCCUCGCCGCGCACCCGACGGGUCCGGUCGCGCACAUUCGAGUCGGUGCCGCCCAGCGAAGAGGCCCAACCCAGCCCGCGGGCCAAGGCCAAGCACAGCUGGGUCAUCAAGCGCGAAGACGGCCACCAGCAGCGGCCAUCAGCACUCAACGGCAACAUCGAACGCGAGCGCGUGGGCCAAGUAUAUGGCCGGCUGAGCGUGUCGACGUCGUCGUUCGCGCUGGCGGCCGACUCGUCGUCGUCGUCGGCAUUCUCGGCGAGCGGGGUGCUGUCGCCGCGCAAGAAGACCGGAUCGUUCCGGAGCCUGUUGAGCGGCCGGCGCGCGACGGGGUCGUAUACGGGAGCGGCCGAGGCCCAGCAGCAGCUGCGGCGCGAUGCGAUCUCUGCCGAGCACCCCUCGCUGACUUCGGCUUCUUCAUCAUCGUCGUGGUCGUCAAAGUCGGCACUCCCCUUCUCUUCGAUCAGUUCUUCGACCCCUCUGUCGUCGUCAUCAUCAACCACGACAUCUUCACCCCCGCCAUCGCCGUCAUCGUCGGCCACGACAUCAUCGACCUCUGCCACGCGGAGAGGGCGUAGUUCGUCGCUGAACAAGGCCGCCGGGCUCUUCAAGAGGAGCGGCAGUCUUCGCAAGACGAGGGCCGACGACAACAUAGGCGGCCUGGCGAGCGGAGACAGCCGGAGCGGUUCGGCGGGGGGCGACCAGCAGGCGCAGCAGAAGGAGAAGGAGAAGAAGGAGAAGGUGGUGGGCGGCAUCAAGAAGAGCUGGCGCGAGGUGAAGAGCUACUUCUCCAGCGACCGCGAGGUGAAGACGUACUUCAACGGCUCGGCCGGCAUGCCCCCAACCCUGGAGUCCUAG